UAUAAUUUAUGUUUCUCAAAUUCCCUUUUUGGAAACUCUUAAAUGCCAAAUCCUUUCCCUCCCUUAUAGAAUCGCCACGAACUCCCCCGGGGUUUCUCUCUCUCUCACUCUCUGUUUAUCGAUCUCUCCAUCUCUUUUUUCUCCCCAUUUUCCAUUGCUUGAAAGCUAUGGAUAAGCGUCGCAGAAAGCAAGCCAAGACCAGUAGUUGUUACUCUGAGGAGGUGAGCAGUAUAGAGUGGGAGUUCAUUAAGAUGUCGGAACAAGAAGAAGAUCUCAUCCAUAGAAUGUACAAGCUGGUUGGUGACAGGUGGGCUCUGAUCGCCGGUCGGAUUCCAGGGCGGAAACCAGAAGAAAUAGAGCGGUUUUGGAUAAUGAGACAUGAAGAAGUGUUUGCCACUAAAAGAAGAGAGCUGAAGAGACAUAAUUCCUAAUGAUUUCCUUUAUAUUCACUAGUCUAGAGAUUUUCUUAUUUUAUUUUAUUUUUAUUUUUUCCUUUAAUUUUCAUAUGUAUGUGAGGAGGUACGUAAGUUAGUUGUAACUUAUCCUAUUUUGCUAAUUUAAUGUGACUUCUUUUUUCUUUUA